ACCCUCCUUUUCAGCAGGGCUGCAGAAGGAGUGAGUGGGGAAGGGGUGAUCCGCGCCCUCCUCGCUCUGGUUCUCUGGUGCGCCCUCCGCUCCGUCUGGGGAGCAGCACAGCCCGGCCAUGAGGCUGUCCCCGCUCCUGGUUUUCCUGCUUCUCAUUCCAGUAGCUGUGCAGCUGCUGGACACUAGGCAUUUUUUGAUAUAUAAUGAAGACCACAAGCGCUGCGUGGAGGCAGUCAGCCCCAGUGCGGUCCAGACAGCAGUUUGCAACCGGGACACGGAAGCACAGAGAUUCCGCUGGGUGUCUGAAUCCCAGAUUAUGAGUGUUGCCUUUAAAUUAUGCUUGGGGGUGCCAUCAAAAACGGAUUGGGUUGCUGUCACUCUCUAUGCCUGUGACUCGAAAAGUGAAUUUCAGAAGUGGGAGUGCAAAAAUGACACACUUUUGGGGAUCGAGGGAGAAGAUUUAUAUUUUAACUAUGGCAAUAAACAAGAAAAGAACAUUAUGCUUUACAAAGGAUCCGGUUUAUGGAGCAGAUGGAAGAUCUAUGGGACCACAGAUGAUUUAUGUUCAAGAGGUUAUGAAGUCAUGUACUCACUUCUGGGCAAUGCGAACGGAGCAGCCUGUGUAUUUCCAUUCAAGUUUAAAAACAAGUGGUAUGCGGAUUGCACGAAGGAUGGGUCAUCGGACGGCUGGUUAUGGUGUGGAGCCACUGCAGAUUAUGACACGGAUAAACUGUUUGGAUACUGUCCAUUGAAAUUUGAAGGCAGUGAAAACUUAUGGAAAAAAGACCCACUGACGGGCAUUUCCUACCAGAUUAACUCCAAAUCUGCUUUAACCUGGCAUCAGGCGAGGAAGAGUUGCCAACAGCAGAGUGCCGAACUCCUGAGCGUCACAGAGAUCCAUGAGCAAACAUACCUGACAGGAUUAACCAGUUCCUUGACCUCAGGACUCUGGAUUGGACUUAACAGUCUGGGUGUGAACAGUGGAUGGCAGUGGAGUAGCGGCAGCCCGUUCCGAUACUUGAACUGGUUACCAGGAAGUCCAUCGGCAGAACCUGGGACAAGCUGUGUGUCCCUGAAUCCUGGAAAGAAUGCUAAAUGGGAAAAUCUGAACUGUGCCCAGAGACUAGGCUACAUUUGUAAAAAGGGCAACACGACGUUGCAUCCUUCUAUUAUUCCCUCAGACAGUGAUGUGCCUACUAACUGUCCACAUCAGUGGUGGCCGUACGCAGGCAACUGCUACAAGAUUCACAGAGAGGAGAAGAAAAUCCAAAGAGAUGCUUUGACCGCGUGCAGGAAGGAAGGUGGUGACCUAGCAAGUGUCCGCAACAUCGAGGAGUUUGACUUCAUCAUCUCCCAGCUGGGUUAUGAGCCAAACGAUGAGUUAUGGAUUGGCUUAAAUGACAUCAAGAUUCAAAUGUAUUUUGAAUGGAGUGAUGGGACCCCAGUCACCUUUACCAAAUGGCUUCGUGGAGAACCAAGCCAUGAAAACAACAGGCAAGAAGACUGCGUUGUGAUGAAAGGCAAGGAUGGGUACUGGGCAGAUAGGGCCUGCGAGCAGUCUCUUGGCUACAUCUGUAAAAUGAAAUCACAAACCCAUGUGCCUGGGAUAAUAGAAGUGGAGCCAGGCUGCCGGAAGGGCUGGAAAAGACAUGGCUUCUACUGCUAUCUGAUUGGACACACACUUUCAACCUUUGCAGAAGCAAACCAAACCUGUGUGAAUGAGAAGUCUUACCUAACAACGGUUGAAAACAGAUAUGAGCAAGCCUUUCUAACUAGUUUCGUUGGACUGAGGCCUGAAAAAUAUUUCUGGACAGGACUUUCAGAUGUACAGAACAAAGGGACCUUUCAGUGGACCAUCGAGGAGGAGGUUCUGUUCACUCACUGGAACUCAGACAUGCCAGGGAGAAAACCAGGGUGUGUUGCCAUGAGAACUGGCAUCGCAGGAGGCUUGUGGGAUGUUCUGAGAUGUGAAGAAAAGGCAAAAUUUGUGUGCAAACACUGGGCAGAAGGAGUCACUCGCCCACCGGAGCCCACAACAACACCUGAACCCAGAUGUGCAGAGGACUGGGGCACCACCAGUAAAACAAGCUUGUGUUUCAAGCUGUUUACAAAAGGAACCCAUGAGAAGAAGACAUGGUUUGAUGCUCAAGAUUUCUGUAAAGCUCUGGGUGGAGAUCUAGCGAGUAUCAAUAACAAAGAGGAACAGCAGACAAUUUGGCGAUUAAUAACGACUAGUGGAAAGUACCACGAACUGUUUUGGUUGGGCUUGACACAUGGAAACCCUUCAGAGGGCUUUACUUGGAGUGAUGGUUCUCCUGUUUCCUAUGAAAAUUGGGCUUUUGGAGAACCUAAUAAUUAUGGAAAUACUGAAUACUGUGGAGAGUUGAAAGGCGACUCUUCUAUGUCCUGGAAUGAUAUUAACUGUGAACAUCUUAAGAACUGGAUUUGCCAGAUACAUAAAGGACAAACACCAAAACCUGAGCCAACACCAGCUCCUGAAGACAAUCCACCAGUCACUGAAGAUGGGUGGGUUAUUUACAAAGACUACCAGUAUUACUUUAGCAAACAGUCGGAAACCAUGGACAAUGCACGAGAAUUCUGCAAGAAGAAUUUUGGUGACCUUGUUUCUAUUCAAAGUGAAAGUGAAAAGAAGUUUCUAUGGAAAUAUGUAAACAGGAAUGAUGCACAACCAGCAUACUUUAUUGGUUUAUUGAUCAGCUUGGAUAAAAAGUUUAGUUGGAUGGAUGGAAACAAGGUGAAUUAUGUGGCUUGGGCUCCAGGUGAACCCAAUUUUGCAAAUGAUGACGAAAACUGUGUGGUCAUGUAUUCAAAUUCAGGGUUUUGGAACGACAUUAACUGUGGUUAUCCAAACCCCUUCAUCUGCCAGCGGCAUAACAGCAGCAUCAACGCCACAGCCAUGCCCACCACGCCCUCCGCCCCAGGAGGCUGCAAGGAAGGUUGGAGUUUCUACAACAACAAGUGUAUCAAAAUCUUUGGAUUUGUUGAAGAAGAAAGAAAAGCGUGGUCCGAGGCACGUAAAGCUUGCAUAGCAUUCGGAGGAAAUCUGAUAUCCAUCCGCAACGAGAGAGAGCAAGCAUUUAUUACCUAUCAUAUGAAGGACUCCACUUUCAAUGCCUGGACAGGGCUGAACGAUAUCAAUUCAGAGCACACGUUCCUUUGGACAGACGGGCGAGGAGUUCACUACACCAACUGGGGGAAAGGUUACCCUGGCGGAAGAAGGAGCAGUCUUUCUUAUGAAGAUGUGGACUGUGUUGUUGUUAUUGGAGGGAAGUCAAAAGAGGCAGGAAAAUGGAUGGACGAUACCUGUGAGAGUAAGCGAGGUUACAUAUGCCAGAUGCUUCCCGACUCUUCCUUGCCUAAUUCUCCAGCAACAGUUCCAACAGAUGGCUUUGUUAAAUAUGGUCAAAGUAGCUAUUCACUCAUGAAAUUAAAGUUACAAUGGCAUGAAGCAGAAAAUUAUUGCAAGCUUCACGAUUCUUCCAUGGCUAGCAUUCUCGACUCCUAUAGCAAUGCAUUUGCCUGGAUGCAAAUGCAGACAUUUAAUGAACCUGUGUGGAUCGGCCUGAACAGUAACUUGACCAAUUCUGAAUACGUUUGGACUGAUAAAUGGAGGGUGAGAUACACUAAUUGGGCUUCUGAUGAGCCCAAACUGAAAUCAGCAUGUGUUUAUCUGGAUGUUGAUGGCUACUGGAAGACAGCACAUUGCAAUGAGAGUUUUUACUGUCUCUGCAAAAAAUCAGAUGAAAUCCCUGCCACUGAACCUCCACAACUGCCUGGCAGAUGCCCCGAGUCAGACCACACGGCGUGGAUCCCUUUCCAUGGUCACUGCUACUAUAUCGAGUCUUCAUAUACAAGGCACUGGGGCCAAGCAUCUCUGGAAUGUCUUCGAAUGGGUUCCUCUUUGGUUUCCAUUGAAAGUGCUGCUGAAUCCAGUUUUCUGUCAUACCGAGUUGAGCCACUUCAAAGCAAAACCAAUUUUUGGAUAGGAUUGUAUAGAAAUAUUGAAGGGAAGUGGCUAUGGAUCAACGACAACCCCGUCUCCUUUGUCAACUGGAACACAGGAGAACCCUCUGGUGAACGAAAUGACUGUGUAGCUUUAGUUGCAUCUUCUGGAUUUUGGAGUAAUAUUCACUGUUCUUCCUACAAAGGAUUUAUUUGUAAAAGACCAAAAAUUGUUGAUGCUGAGCCUACCCGAACAGCAAUGACAGAAAAAGCCGACCCAAGGAAGAUGGAGCCUUCCAAGCCGUCUUCCCGAGUGGCAGGAGUCGUCGUGGUCGUGAUCCUGUUGAUUGCACUGGGUGUUGGCCUCGCCGCGUAUUUGUUUUAUAAGAAGAGGCGCGUGCACUUGCCACCUCAGGAGAACACUUUUGAAAACACCCUCUAUUUUAACAGUAGAUCAAGUGCAGGGACCGGUGAUACAAAAGAUCUCGUGGGUAACAUUGAACAGAAUGAACAUGCAGUCAUCUAGAAACACCAUGUGAUUUAGAUAUAUUUGAAUUUCGUAGGCUUGUAACUGAAAUGUUAAGGUCUUUAAUUCAAUCUGAUUAUUUUGUUUAAAAUUAGGACUGUGUUGCACUGGUCUGUCCUUUUUCUUUGCCUGAUUGCAGAAAUAAUUACUCAUUUUCUAACCUAGCAAGAUAUUUUCAUCAAAGAGAGAUACUAUUGACUACCGCUCUGAAAAAGAUCUUAGGUGAAUACAUAGCACAAUAAUGCUAAUAUUUAAGCAUCAUUGGUGUGUAGCUAUUGUCAACUGCAUGCAGAUUAUAAGAAUUCCAGGUACAACCGACUAAGCUUCUUGAAAUAGUUUAAGGAGCCCCUAAAGAAAUGUUACCUAUGGAAUAAUAAUUCAGUAAUUAGAAGACCAUUUUAAAAAUUAAGUACAAUAACCCCAGAUGGCAUAAAAAUUUAGUCACUUUUUUUUUCAACCAAUCUUAAUUUUCACUGAAAUUACCUAGAAUUAUAUUUGUACAUAUGCAGAAAGAAUAAGACAGCUGAGAAUGUUGUUUUCUCCAAGCAGGGUUUUGAGGCUGAAUAGUGUAAAGGUGUUCUUUGUCCUGUUAUAUGUAUAUCAGGAAUGCAAAGAUGUGAAGUAAAAAUGUAAAUUUGCAUAACUGGAUGUACUUAGAUAAUGUGAAAUAAACAUCAAA